UUUUCGCUUUGCAAUUGUUAAAAUAUGUAUUUUUAGAGGUGUUUAAAAGUUAAAAUGGUUAAUUUUAGACGAAAUAAAUGAUUUGCCUGAUUUUUUUUUUAAAAUAGGGCUAUAUUUAGUGUACAGCGGAUAUAAUCUCGAAGAGACAGUAGCAUAAUAACUUUGAUUUUGUAGGAAAAAGUGAGAAGUGUUUUGUAAAGUUGAAUAAUUAUAAAAAUUUCGGGGAUGUUUAGAAUGUAUAGUGUAUAUAGGAAUACUAUAAUUAAUAAAGAGUACUUUGAUAAAGAAUUUGUAUCCCCAUUACAUUAUACUAACGUGAAGAAAAGGAGUAAACAUGAAUUUUUUAAAAUUCUUUUCUUUUCCAGUGAUAACUGUCAUGUUGAAACUACUCUUGGGACAUUGGAAAACACACAGAACAACAGCCCCACCCGAUCUAACAUUUGAGCCCUUCUACCUCAGAGAUCCAAUCAUCGGACGCACGGAGACUACUAAUCCGUACUCCGUCAACCGUAUCAACCCCAUCUACGAAUCGGACGGUAGAUCAAGCGCCACACCACCAGACGAAGCAGCUCUAACUUCCUCCAAGAUGGCAGGCGGUACACCCCCUCCGACUGCCCCGAAGCCUUCGACGUCACGUGGAGGCAUCCUUCGGAACGGCGGUAGUCGUCAGCAGGAAUCAGAAGUCAAGAACCAAAGCACAACGACAGAAGACGAUAUGAGUGGAGUCACGCGCUCAGACUGCACUAAAGAAGAGACACCCCCUUCGACAGAAAACAGUUCCAAACCCUCGACGCCUCCCAACCCUUCGGAAGACAGCGGGAUAACUAGAGGAGAUCAAGCCACUUCCGAUAGUGUUCCGUCCGAAAACGAGCUCCCCCCUUUGAAGGAGAAGGGGAAGAGAAGGUACAACAGGAGAUCCGGUGUACGCGCUUGCAGGAAGUGCAAAAAGUAUCAAAAACCGGGAGGCAAGUGGUCCUGCGACGAUUACUACAUACGUGCCAUUCUCGAAGAUAGAACUCAACCCGACGGAUGGACAUCCGACCUGUCGGCCGAUUUGUGCCCUUCGUGCGACCCUUUACAACGUACCAGAAACAGGCGCAGCUUCCACGUCCUGUCCUCCCCUCUGGAAAGGGAGGAAGUUAUCAGAUGCCCUCCGGAAGGAUCGGCUGACAGUUCCGUCUUAGAAGACAGAUCCUACAAAUCCAGAGGAUGUCCCUGUGGCAGGUGGUACGACGUCCUAGCAGAGAAGGACAGGUACGACCGUCUGCACGGAGACCCCUAUUUCUGGUCCGGACCCUGCUUGUGUGGUAGCCCUAGUUCUAUAUAUUACAGCCAAAGAAGGAAAGUGAAAUUUGCGGGCGAUGUGCAAAAACAGGAUGACGUUAAAAAAGAAACGCCCGAUUUGGAAAGUGCGGAUAAGGACGUUAAAAAGCCCGAAAUUUCGGACGAUUCUAGGACCAAUUUGGCAGAGAAAUCCUUAAAAUCCUUAACGUUAGAGAAUAUACAAAGUUAUCCGUGGACUAUCGAAGGUUGGGAUUCUUUAGUGAGGCAACGGAUACUACAAAAGAGGCGCAGGAGAGCUUUCUACAUGGGAAUUAUGGCUCUGACUCUUGUCAUAUUCGUAGGACUUGUGGUUGCCGUAGUGUUAAUCUAUCUCAGGAGGCGUAAUGCUUAAAUUAAGUUGUGCCACGUUGUGCCACUACCAGAUGUCUACACAGUGACUUCGUUCGUGUGUACAGGUCAUAAAUGUUCACUAAACUGUUGACCCAGUCUCAAGUGUGAGUUAACAAUUAGGUAAAGAACUCAAAUUAGUUCCUGAAUAUCCAGAAAAGUUCGAAAUUACUAGAAGAAGAAUAUAUUUUGAAUAUUUCUUCAUCACGACAACACAUUAAUUCUCUGAUUGACUGUGUAAAUUCAGUGACUCGACAAUAACCGACAUCAUUUAGGAUAAGUUCAAUAAGCUGUAAAUCUACAUAGAGGAAGAAAAUAUUAUAUACGGGUGUGGUCCAAAAAUCAGUUAACCAAGACGAUAAUAAUUAGUAAAGCGAUUUAAACACUAGUUUGGAAUUAAAAAAUGUUUAUUGAAAGUAGAGAUCUUCAUUUUGAACGACUUUUUAUUAGUAUAAAGGUAUAUCUUGAAAUGGUUAACCGAUUUUUGGGCCGCCCUUUAUUGAAAAUUCAUAAUAUAGUAUUUAAAUCUCAAAAAAAUGUAGACAAUUUAUCAUAAAAAGCGAAUUAGCAUUUUUUACAAUAAGCGUAAUUAAGUCACAGAAAUUGUUUACAAGUAUGAAAACAUUCCUAAAUAUUACAGAAAUUAAUACGUAGGUUAUAUUGAAAGUAAUGCCUGUCAAGUUAUAAUUCCUUUAUUAACAAUAAGAAGAAACUUUACACUGUUUAAAAUACCCAAUAAAUAUUUAAAAAAUUGUUCUAAAUUGUUUAGAUUUUCGAGAUUAAUUGCCUGCUUCUAUUUUAAAACAAUCAUGAAAAUAUUUACCAUAGUUUUUACUAAAAUUUUCUGAUUAUAGGUCUUUAAAAUUAGGAAAAGACAGUAGAAUUUUAUAGGAAUAUUGUUAAAGUAUUCACUUAGCAUCAUUUUAUAUUGUUUUAUAAAAUAUCUAAAAGAUCGUUGCUGCAUUACAUCGAAUUAUUCCCAUCUACAAAACCGUCCAUUAUUUUUAUAUAUAGUCACAUAUAAUAUUCCUUCGUCAAUAAUUAAAUAUAUUUAUGUAUCAGUCACCCAAUUUCAACGUUUACAAUAUAUAAAGAUCGACAAGUUCCUUAAAGGAACAUUAGAAAAAAGAUAUUUUUAAAAAUUUACUAAUUAAAAAAAUUACUUUUAUUCCUCCAACAUAAAUUAUCAACCUCAUCUAUUAGUUAUAAUCCAUUUUAAUUCGUACUAACAUGGAAAAUAACGAGUUAAUUUCCAUCUUUUCUUUCUAUUAAUUAAAAGAAGAACCAUUUUUGAUCUGAAAAUCUUUCUUUUAACCUUCUAACUUAUCAAAAAGUCACUAGAGACAAACAAAUUAUAAUCUUAAAAGUGCCAAUGAUUGGAUCUUUAUCAUAGAUAUAAAAGAAAAGUGCCUGAAUAUAAAUUUACUUUGUAAAAAUAAAAUAUGAUUUAUUAUAAUUUUAUAGAAUUAUAAACACUGUAUUUUGUGCGUAUACCCGGCAGGAAUUUGUUACAAUCUUUGUAUAACACAUCCUACUAUUAUGGACAGUUCCCUAGAUGUGGGUGGGUAAUUGCAAUUUAAAUCGGUAUAUAACCCGCACCCACUUUUAA